GAGAAAGAGAGGGAGAGAGAGAGAGAGAAGAUGGAAUAGAGUCUUGGGUGCUCGUGUAGGGUAGGAUCGGGAUCGUCUAAUUUCGUUCGACGAGUCCCAUAAGGAUUCCUCUCAUCUUCUUCUUCUUGCUUUUCUUUUUCCUUCUUUUCACCGACUCAGACCUUCGAUUUUGACGAUGGUGUCUCGGGUAGGGGCAGAAAGUUCGUUUCUUUCUUCCAUCCUUUCUUCCUUCUUUCAUUCCUUCCUUCCUUCCUUCCUUCCUUCCUUCCUUCCUUACUUAUCUCUCGUGUCUGAGGGUCCGUCUUGAUUAUCGUACAUCGUGACGAUUAUUAAGGAGCGGGAAGAACAGGAAAUUCUCGAUCAUUCCGAUCGGAUUAGAAACGAUGUCCAGGAGGGGCUCGAAAAUAGAACGUUCGAUCUUAUUCGUAGGGAAUUUAAUGUUAUCCUGAUUACAUUGAAAAAGAAACAACAGAAAUUACGUUCGAGAAGGAUAUGUUUUUAUUUUGAUAUCGACACGACCAAUAUCCAGAGAGAAAGAUAAGACAAGAUAAGAAAAGAAUAAAAAAGUAAAGAAAAGAAGAGAAGAGAAGAGGAAAAAAAGAAAAAGAAAAAGUAAAAAAAAAAAAAAAAAAAAACAAUCAUUAAUUUCAUAUCCCUUUUUUUCUUUUCCUCUCUUUGCUUUUGUAGAAAAAGGGUAGUCGCGGAUUUUCUUGUAAACGUUCGUCUUCCUUAUCGUACUGUUUCUCUCUCUCUCUUUCUCUCUUUCUCUCUCUCUCUCUCUCUCUCUCUCUCUCUCUCUCUCUCUCUUUUGCACGAGGGAUCCCUCGAAGCACGGAGAAAUUCGUCUACUUCUCGCGCGUUCAACAAGUUUCCACCCUUCGCCUCGCUUCUCUCCGGCGUUGUUGGAUGGAUCGCUAGGUGACCACGUCGACGUGCCGUGCCAUUACUUCUCGCGCUUCUUGGAAAAGCGUCUUGAAAAGCUUAGUUCGCGAGGAUCAAACCGAGGAAUGAACAACGGCUCAAGCAGGUGCUCCAACUUUUUUUUCUAUCAAUGGAUCCGUAAUGAAAGGAAUUGGUCAUCAUGGCCGGGCCAUCGUCGAUCAACAGAAAACAACGAUAAUGCUACUACUAUGACUGGUUACCGAGAGGUUCUCUGCUCUUUCGCUUGGUCGUUCGAACGCGAUACGUCAACAUUGGAUAUCAUAUUGACGUAUCGACUUCUCCGGUGUUGUUCGCGAACCACCGGCCAAUUAACGGCUCUCUUUGUUUUUUCGACAAAUACUCGUAAAUCUCAGGGCAGAUCCAUCCGGCUCGUUUUAUCCAUCCAUCCCCCUAUCCCUUUCCCCACCCCUACCACUCUACCAUACCCCUAUCUAACUAACACGCUCCGCUUCGAAACGUUAUCCCGAUGUAAACGGGCAGAACACUCGUCCAGAUCCCGUACACAUGAACGAUCCUUCCAAUUUUCCAAAUAUCUCCUCAUAUCGGGACGCGGCUCGUAAUCCCGACGAAAUUUCGUCUUCCCCCUUUUAUUUCGUUUAUACGCGUUCGAACACGUAUCAGACCUUUUGUAGAUAUAUAAUAAUAUUUGCGAGCAAAUGAGAGAGAAAGAGAAAGAGAAAGAAAGAGAAGGAGAAAGAGAGAGAGAGAGAGAGAGAGAGAGAGAGAGAGAAAUAGUCGAAGUAAUCGAGAGAAGAAUGAUCGUGUCUUUUCGGAUCUAAUCUCUGUAUGAUUAACAAACGAAGAGAGAAAGAGAGAGAGAGAGAGAGAGAGAGAGCGAGAGAGAGAGAGAGAGAGAGAGAGAGAGAGAAACACAGACAGAGAGAUGAGGGACAGGGUCUCUUUUGGACAGGAACUUUUUUAUUUGUUUUUUUUUGUUUCCUUUUCCUUUUCUUUUUCCUUUUCCUUUUCAAGAAAUAAGAUUUUCGUCGAGCGAGUAUCUUGCAACGUUGUCUAGGUUGUAAAUAUUUGCACGAUUUGUUAUUCACAUUGCGCUUGAUUAAACCGAUAAAUCGGGUGGUUUUUAUCACGAGUAAAAAGACGUUCCGAUUCUCGAAUAGUCCUUCUGUAUGCAUCGCCGUGAAAGCAGGGGUGGGUUUUAAAGUGACAAUACAUAUCGACUGAACUUAACGCGGUAAGGGGAUAGAAAGUUUGGUGGCGCACGCGUCAGUUCUCCGCGGUAGACUCCCGAGAACACCCUUCUCGUUUCCCUUCUCGCUUCUCUACUCUCCUCUUCCCCGAGCGUUGUCCCUUUCGUAUAACACGAUAUCUACAAAUACGUUCCAUUUGAAAGUCUUUUGUUCGAGCGACGACACACGGAGAACGUUCGACAACGAUUACGCAAAAACGAUCGAACGUUCGUCGAUGAACGAUGGAAGGUUACGAGGAUGACGACGACACACACUUUUGCAUCAAGUGUCACUUGACGAUACACGGAUUGGAAAAUUACGUUCGUCAUCGUCAAUCAGGAUGCCGUCCGCCAGAUGAGAAAGCAGAAACCGCACGAGAAUCCCCAUCAACGCCAACUACGGUUUCUUAUCCUGAGAUACUGAACGCGGAUGCUUUCUUCAGUUCGUUGGAAUUACAAAGUAGCUCGAAAUCGAAUCCCAGACGUACGAAUACUCUAUUAGAGAGUAACAGAAAAUACAAGAAGAACGAACGCCGAAAGAAGGGACAGAAGAAUCAACCGGAUACCGAGGAUUCCAAAGAAAAACUUCACAGUAUGUUACCCGGUGAUACCGACUUGGACGAUUCCGAGGAACAUCUUUGCAUUCCGUCUUUCGUUGGGUUCCCGGAUAUCGUCACCUCCACCGCCAAUAAAUCUGCAACUACGGUAGGUCCAAAUAAAUUGAAUCAAUCGAUUAGACAUACGACAAUGAACAUCGAAGGAUCGAGUUUUCCGAUCAAACACGAGCCGGAUAAUUCUUUGGAAGGUCUCGUAACUGAAUCGAAACAAGCCGAUAGAAAAAGACCAGAAGAAAAUCCAAGAAUAGAGCAGGAUCAUCAAACAUGGCUCGACGAUACGAUAUUAGCCGAUCUCGUGGAAAAUAAUGAAAAUAAGGAUUUGCCCAGGUACGAAGAAUUCGAAUAUCAGCAGGACGUUGAUUCGGACGAUGACAUAUUAGAUGAGGAUCUCGCCGAGGAUGAAUCUUAUUCCGAGACCGAUGACGGUGAAGAUCAGGAAAGACCACCUAGAGGUCAUACAGGUGGAAAAUGGAAGCCUGGCUUGAAUGAUCUUCCUCAAGGUAUACCUCAGUUACAAGACGACGAGGUUGAAGUUGAAGAGGAUCAACAUUCGGAACAUCCGCCGCCUACUUAUACCGGUGGCAAGUGGAGACCUACUGAAUCAUCUCAGAAAGUUGAGGAUUAUCAAGGGAAGAAUACAACGGGACAGCCACCACCAGAACAUACGCGAGGAAAAUGGAUACCGGGUGCGCAAACGGAUAUCGACUCGGGAUAUUGGUGCAAUCCUUGCGGUAGGAAGCUUGCGUCGCGAUUGGUCUAUAACAGGCAUCUUCUCUCUGAUUUGCACGCUCGGAGAAGCAUUCGAGAGAUCGACGAUGGUGUUCAUCUACCGCGUGCCACUACUUCGGCAAGGAGAAUAUUAACGCGACGGCAAAUCGCACUAGCCGAGAAAAGCAAACGUACAUCUGAGGAUAAAGAAGUCAAGAAGAAUCCUCGUAAAAGGGAGAAAGAAGUACUCUCCUGCGAGAUGUGUCACGCUCGCGUGAGAAAAGCUCAAAUGGGUAAACAUUUGCUUUCCCAUUACCAUUGUCGCGUGGCGGGAAUAAAUCCUCGAAGUCCAAGGGCGCGUCGGUUUCUAUUGGAGAACAUGGCGAACGUAGUUCGCCAGUGUCCAUUUCAAUGUGCCUCUUGUCGUUUCUAUUGCAACACCCAGGAAACGUUUUUGCUUCAUUGGCGCUCGGAUCUUCAUGCUAGAACCUUAGAAAAAAUCAGUGGAAGCUAUCGAUGUGGUUCUUGCGAUUUCUGGUGUGCGGAUGGGGAAACGAUGGAAACCCAUUUAUUAAGCACGAGUCAUUGUGACGUUGUUUCAAUGAUGAACGGUUCGGUACCUGUGGUAAUCAGUCGUCAACAAGCAUUGCCCUGUAGCAGCUGCAACCGUCAAUUCCGAUAUAAUCUGCAGCUGCGACUGCACGUCAAGGAGACAGGACACAAGGAAAGCUUCACAGCAUCGGACGAGUAUCAACGGCGUAUCGUUUGCAGCAUGUGCCCCCAAGUCGUGAGGUCUUUGGUAUCACUUCAACGCCAUCAGUUAACCUGUCACGUUAACAAGGAAAGGGAAAAGAACGAAUUGGCCGUUUCCACGCAACCAACGCCUUAUUUUUGUUCAUUUUGCUCGAUGAACUUUGCAACCGCUCAGGAAGCCGUUCUUCAUAGAAGAACGUCCGCACACAAAGAGAUUGUUAGAGCCCAAAAAUCCGUUACCGAAGAAAAGUCCAAGAGCAUGUUACGAGAUUGUCCGCAUUGCGACGAGAAACAAUCGACUCUCACGGAACACAAGGAUCAUCUUCUCAGCAGACACCCUGACUUAUGUCACAGGUGUCCACAGUGCGGAAUACUUUUCGCUCUUUCGCAAGAUGUAACAAGACACACCAGGGACAACAAGUGUAACAAGAAAAAGGAAGAAACCGAGUCUAAAUCGACGGUUGUUAAGGAAGAGUGGAAAUGCAAAACUUGUAAUUUCUCGACGGAUUCUCAAGCGGAAUUGAUAUUUCACGAGGCUCUUCAUGCGGGUACCGUUCAAUCGAGCAAAGACGAGGACGAUAAUAAUGGCAAGUCGACCGUUAAAUAUCGUUGUCCUCUCUGUAAAAAAACUUUCACAAAAGUAUCCCUAAGGAAUCACAUAAGAAGUCAUACGGGUGAACGACCAUUUUCAUGUGCCAAAUGCUACGUAACAUUUGUAAGAAGAUCUGACUUGAAUGCUCAUCAAAGAAGUUGCUCAUCGGUAUCAAUGGCUGGUUGGCCGAACGAGAUUCACCGAAGAAGAAGUUUUAUCUGUUCGGAAUGUAAUGAUGCCUUUUACACCAAACAUGCAUUACGACAGCACAUGCUUAGGCAUGCCGGUAAGAAGUACAAAUGCGGUCUUCCUGGUUGUCCUACGGUACUCCGUACAGCUUCCGAGUUGAAGUAUCAUCGUUCGUUGGUUCACGACAGCACGUCCACUAAUAGACGGUAUCCAUGCGGCCACUGUUCUUACGCAGCCAAAACGAAGACUCAACUUCGCAGGCAUCAGGUCAGGCACGAAGACUCAACGAGCGUGGAGAAACUUGGAUAUCAUUCCUGUCCUUACUCCGGUUGCAGUUUUAGAACCAGACUCAGCUUUCAUCUAAGACGACACGUGCGGCUACACACGGGCACCAAACCGUACAAAUGUCGUCAUUGUACGUACGCCUGCAAUACUCUGGAAAAUCUGAGAAAGCACGUACUAUCGAAGACUCUUCAUCCCGGCAAGACGAUCUACGAGUGCGACUUUUGCGGAACAAAAACAACCGAAAUAUUUUGCACAAACUUCGCCAAAGAAUUGCGAGCUCAUCUUAUGGAUGCACACAGCGACAAAUUCCCAACCCCAGAACACGCCCGUAAUUACAUUCUCAAUAUGUUCGAAAUCGUUCGCGAUUCUGAACCUUUAGAUGUGCCAAAUUGAAUAAAACGUUAUUGUCCGUAUAAACCGUGCAUUUAAACUUUUCUAAAUCGCCAUGAAAAAUCUUACAUGGAACGAAGAAAGGAAGUAAAUUAUGUAUAUAUAAAGUCAUAUCUUAAUCGCUCGUUAUCGUCAGAUAAGGGAAAAUAAAAAUAAAAGAAAAUAAAAGAAAAUAACCGUACUGUUUCGAAACAGUAGACACACACACAUAGGCACGUACAUAAGGCAACAAUAAAUCGCUACGAGCCGUUACUAUAAGCGAUCGCAUAAAUCGAGCCGACCGAAAGGAGCUAAAGUUCAAACAAAGCCGUUCAAUCGUUCGAACGUUCGUAAAUUAGACGAUCAUCCACAUCCAACGGUGUUCUCUAACGGAUAAGCUCCCGAUGAAAAUGUGUUACCGACAACGUCGAAUAUCGGCAAUAAGCGAUCAUGGUAUCGUCUUCGUUUAAUCGAAGGACGUAUAAUACAAUAUAUACUUAUACGCUACGAUUAAAAACUCGAGUUGGUACGUCGACGGACAAAAUUGCUCUUCCGUGUCUAUCGUAUUCUAAGAGCAUGCUGGAUUUGGGUCUCGUUCAUCUUUGGGUUGUCUUUUGAACGAGAAAGAGAGAGAGAGAAAGAGAGAGAGAGAAAGAGAGAAAGAUAGAAAUGAAUACUAUCGACAAGAGACUAAAUCAACUUUCCUCGACGCGCGUUAAUCCUCGCGCGUUACAAGGCUAACGCGUCGCGAGCACUCGCGAAGAUCAGAACGAUCCGUCGUAGUAGUCGUUUUCCAAGUCCUCAAGACUCGGUAGGACUGUACUACUACGGCCAGGAAGUAGUUAAGGUGAUCUACGGUCACGUGGCACGUUAUGUACCUUAGACGUGUACGUAUACGCGAUCGAAUCUUUAUGCACCGUGCACAACGCAACAGAGCCGCAAUAUUACGAGAAGUAACCGACAAGACGUCUUUCUAUUUCUCUUUCCUUUUCUCUUUCUCUUUCUCUCCCUUUAGCUACCUACCUAUCUACCUGUCUUUCUCUCCUUCUCCUCCUUUUUCCUUUCCUUGACCCAACCUACCGGAUUUAUAUUUCCCGCGGUCGAAAAGAAUUCACAAUAUCCGAUAUCGCGCCGUACGACGUUAUCUCUAUCGCCAUUGCGAUCCUACGUUCGGGAUACUUUUUCUCUUGUUUUUCUUUUUCUUUCUUUCUUUUCUUUUUUUUUUUUUUUGUUCUUUCUUUUUCUUUCUUUUUCUUUUUCCUUUCCCCUCCUUUUCCUUUUUCUUUCUUUUAUCUUCUUCGUUCUCUUGAGUAUACACGAUGCUUGCCGGAAAACGGAAGAGCUCGCUCGCAUCUUCCUUCGACACGCAACCGGCAUUCAUUGGUUGAAUCUUGUUAAGAGGUCGAACGAUCGAUUAUCGCAUAUCGUGUAUUUUACUUCGUUAUUACGUAUGUAUAUUAGAUGUUUUUAUAUUUCUCUCUUAACGGUCUUUCUUCUUCUUUCUCUUUCUCUUUUUCUUCUUUGAUUUGAUCCGAACCGCUACGAUAUUAACUCGUAUAAUAGCUCGUCCGGAUCUAUUUCGAUCCUGGCGGCUCGUCCGGUCGAUUCAUUCAUUCGAUUCCCACGAAAGGUAGACGAGAAUCGAGAGAAAAAGAGAUAAAGAGAGAGAGAGAGAGAGAGAGAGAGAGAGAGAGAGAGAGAGAAAGAAAGAAAGGUUGAGUGAAAGGAUACCGGUCGUCGAAAAAUUGGACGUGGUUGAAAGUCGACGACGGACCACCUCGUGGAUCGUCUUACAAGACGCGUUUCCGUCUUCGAGGGCUCUGAUUGUGAGAAAUGCAUCGCGCUGUCGCGCAAGAUAGGUGUCGUAAAGUAUGCAGUCCUCGAGUAGUUCCUCUCGAGGCAAAAAGGACGAAGAAAGCUACAACGAAGAUAGAAAGAGUAAGAGAAAGAGAGAGAGAGAGAGAGAGAGAUAGAAAGGGAGAGCGAGCGACAGAUAGAUGGAAGGAAAGAGCUCGUUGGGAAGAGGACUGAGAGGUACCAUGAGCGUCCUGAGCGUGAAGGAUAAUUUAUUGACUAAUUAACGAGGAUGUCCUUCAUUACGGGUCGAGCAGCAGUCGUGGUCGCUUGCUCUCGCUCGGAACCGGCAUUAUUUGGCGCCCGAAUAUUUACGACCGCGUCCUCCUUCAGCCCGUGGACCGGGUCCUCCGCCCCGAUACUGCUCCGCUCGAGAGAACGAGAAGAUCGAGACAGAGAAAGAGAGAAACAGAGAGAGAGAGAGAGAGAGAGAAGACGCGAGGACCCAUAACGAUGUGUCCCGAUCUUACGGCCAUUCGGGGACCUGGAAUUUCCUUUCAAGAUGGCGUAGAAGACCGCUGACCCUCCCCCUUGUAUGCCAAAGCGUUCCUGAAACUCGCGAACGUUACUCGUUGGACAAAGGAUCCCUUUUCGAAUUCGGAAAAGAAUUCGAAUUAUAUCGACGAUACGCGGUAUUUAUAUUUUCAAGAUCGAACUAAUAUAUCGAGUGUCUACUUCGUUUCUCCAAGUAAAAUCAAAUUCGGCAAGAAAGAAUAAAAAAAAAAAAAAAAGAAAAAAUCAGGGAGAUCCUUGAAGAAAGA